AUGCCACUUAUUUCGGAUAAAAUCCAAAUUCCUGUUCAAAAGGGAUCUGCAAUAAUUGCUCUAAUUUUGAAUACAUGCCUGGUAUUACUUAUCAUUAGAAAAUCUCCAAAGGAGCUUGGUGCUUACAAGUUUUUAAUGAUUUACAUUUCUAUUCUCGAAGUCCUGUACGCAAUUGUGGAUAUUCUAGUGUUACCGAUUUUUCAUAACACUGGCUUCACAUUUAUCAUCCUGACGCGUCUAGAAACUGCGUUUUUCGGACCCCAAGUCCAACUUAUCUUGUCUGGAAUUUAUUGUGGGUUGUAUGGAUCGUGCAUGGCAAUGUUUGGUAUACACUUUAUAUACCGAUGUUUCGUGAUGAAAGGCAACGCAAAACUCAAAAGUUUUCACUCCUGGCGAAUAUUAUUCUGGUUUGCUAUUCCUAUAAUUUAUGGAUUAGUUUGGGGUUCGAUUGCUGUGGUUUUUUGUGGUCCAAGAGAUAUAACUGACAAAGUGAUUGAAUUCGAUCUUUUAGACAGUUUGGAUAUCAACUUUAAGAAUACUGUGUACGUAGCUCCAUACUUGUUUGAUGAGCAUCACGAAAUAUACUGGCCAGUUGUAAUUUCCCUUCUUGUGGAUUGCAUCAUUAUUAAUUCUUCAUUUUUCACUGUUUGCUAUUUUGGCUAUCAGACUUUCAGGGAAUUGAGAAAACUAAAAUAUAGCAAUGUUUCUCUUAAGAAUAAAACCCUCCAAGUUCAACUUUACUAUGCGCUGGUUACACAGACCCUUAUUCCAGUCAUUCUCUUACAACUUCCUGCUACGAUUUUAUUUCUCUCUGUGUUUGUCUCUUUUGACGUUGGUGAAUUCAGUGGUCUUGUUGCGAUGACAAUCGCUGUCUAUCCCGCAAUUGAUCCGCUGCCAACAAUGUUUAUUGUGACAAGUUAUCGUCAUGGAAUUUUGGAAAUAUUCAAUAAAAUAACGAGGAUUAUUAUGUGUCGAUGGAAUCGCCCAACUCGACAAGGAACCUCUAAUACCCAAAGUAUUGAAACCACGCGUCUAUAA